AUGACUAUGAUCCAUUAUUAUGAUAUUGCAAAGAAGGCCAUUUAUAGAAAGCAUCUUUUGUAUUUUGGUUCACCAUCUGAAAAUCGCAAACCAGAUUUCUUGAAAAUUCCUGAACGCCCUAAAGGAUUAGAAUUUGAUAUAUAUUAUUCAGAAUAUAGUUUUGUAAUUGAAAUGCAAGGUGAACAACAUGAAAAAUUUAAUAAGUUUUUUCAUAGAGGCAAUUCUAAUAACUUUAUUAAACAGCAAGUACAAGAUUAA